UUUGAAUAGUAAACAUGGCUACUGCUGAAACAGUGAGUAAAAGCUGAUUUUUGAAUCACACAUGAAAAUAAAUGUUAUUGCUUUAGAAUAAUGUGUAUUUCAUCCACUAUGUGAGUGUUUGUCUGUGGAAGCAAACCAUUUUGGGAGCAUUGAAUAUAUGUUAGUCCUUCAUUUUAUAUUCACAUGUUAUGUUUUUAUAAAUGUGCUUUACUAAUACAGAAGAGUUUAUCAAAUCACUGUAAUAGGAUUUUUCUGAUUAGCAAACUGACUUAAUGCCAGCUAGUACAGCAUAUGUCUAUUGCAAAGUGUUGGGGGGGACUUCUCUAUUUAUAUAAAGGUGGGGUGUGUGGUUUUUUAAUUUUUUUUUUUUAUUUUUUUUUCACCAUCAGUGCGCUUGGCUUGCCAUGUAAAUUUAGAGGUGUGUAUAACCAAACCCCAUAGCAAUAAUACUGCUAUUAAAGGGACACUAUAGUCACCAGAACAACUACAGCUUAAUGUAGUUUUGGUGAGUAUAAUAGUUCCCUUCAGACUUUAUUUAUUUAUUUUUUCAUGUAAAGAUCUUUAUGUUCAGAGGAAAGGUAGUGUUUACACUGCCUCUAGGAACACCUCCAAGUGGUCACUCCCUUAGAUGGCCACUGGAGGUGCUGCCAAAAAAGCAGCCCUCACGUCUAGCGUCUCCAUGCUCUGCAUGGAGACGCUUCCUCCCUCCCUCAUAUAGAUGCAUUGAUUCAAUGCAUCUGAGGUCCUGAUUGGCCAAAACAGCAUUUUGCUCUGCCCCAUGCUGAUUUUGGUCAACCCAAAUGGCGCUGGAAAUUAAGGUGGGGUGUUUUUUUUUAUUUUUUUUUUUUUUUAUUAUAGGGGGCAACCACCUAAAUGGUGGGUUUAGCACUAUAGGGUCCGGAAUAAAAGUUUUUUUACCGACCCUAUAGUGAUCCUUAAAUGUGUCUCUAAACUACAAUGCACAUCUCUAGAAAUCAGUCUGUGUAACUUAGGUCCUGUUGUACACUACAUUCUAGCUGUAUAAAUGAUUAGAAAGUGAUCUAAAUGUUUUUUUUUUUUUUUUUUAAUAGUCCCACAGUCCACUCACAUAACUAAAAUUUAAAGUGUCCUUUUGUCACUUUGAAAUGUUGGGAAGUAUGGCUCGGACUAGAGUAACUACUAGCAUGGCAAUAUAGAUUCUCCUUUAAAUGGACACUGUAGGCACCCAGACUACUUCAGCUAACUGAAGUGGUCUGGGUGCAGUGUCCCUUUGCAGCACUAAGUCUGGCCUCAGUUGCUGUAUACCAGACAGCCAUUAGAGAGCUUCCUGGAUUGAAAUGGACCUUUGGUCCAGUAUCUGAUGCUGGACGUCCUCACGGUCUGACACCCAGCAUCAGACUUUUUCCCUGUAGCACCGAUUCUUGCUUUCCUAUGGGGGAGGUUUAAUGCAUGCGGCAUAUGCUGUGCAUUAGCACCCGCUCAUCUUGGGGCGUUGGAGGGGGAGGAACAUCAAAGAUUAGUAAAUAAAGGGGUUUUAACUCUAUUUACAUGGGGAGCAAUAUUGCCAGGAAUGCUGCUUUGUAUUCCUGGCAUUAGUGUCCUUUUUUAAAGUUUUAAGUCACAAGUGUAAUGCAGCCACAAUUAGUUGUAAUUUUUUUUUUUUUUUUUUUUAAACUUAAAUUAUGUCUAAACAAUUGCAACAAUAUAGUAAAAGCAGUACCUGGCAACACCUGUGCUGCAUUGUGAAAUUGUCUGAAAAACUAGUUUGAUUUGUUACUCUUAUUGCAACGUGCAGACCAUUACUGCAGGAAUAGAAAACUGAUUUAGAAAAAUUCUCAAACUUGGUUUUAAAAACAGCCUGGUUAUCUUGACCUAAAGGCUGUAAUUUAGCCUUAAACUAACUAGAAUUUGAUAUUUAGUGAAUAAAGUCCAGAGUGCUGGUUCCAUCAACUAACUUUUUUAGUGGGUUGUCUGUAGUUUUUAACUUUUUUCAAUUUAGCUCAACAUAAAAAGUUUACCUCGGAGAGACAAUGAAAAAAGGAGGAAAAAGAGAGAAGUCUAUACACUGGAGAAAGUGGAAAAACAUCCUUUGCAAAGAAGGUACUGAUUUCAAAUUGGAACUUUUUAAAAAAGCUAAAGGAAGAUGUCUAAAUGUAGCUUUAAAUAUCAUUCUAUACCACUAGGUGGUGUGAGCAGAAAAGCUGUAUUGAGAAACUAUAUAUUCUAGAGAACAAGAAGCUCUCUGGUUAUAGAUAGAUAGAUUUGUAACUUUUUUUUUUUAAGUUUGGUUUAAUAAGCAACUCCUAUAAAUGCUAUCUAGCGUCAAUCUACAACUGUUUGAUAUACCUCUCAUCCUAAACAUUAUUUUAGCAAACAAUGGGAAGUCAGUUGCCUAAAAGGUAGAUCCCCCAGAUGCUGAAGAACUGCAACUCCCAUGAUGCUUUGCAUGCCUUUUUUAGAAUGACAAAGCAUCAUGGAAACUGUAGUCAUAAAACUUCUGGGGAUUACUUUUGAGUUCCCCUGUCCUAGAGCAUUGAUCGGAAAAAAAUGACUUAAAUUUGGCUUUUCUCUAUUAGUGGAUUAAAAUUACAAUCUAAGCACCCCUUGCCACCCCUUUCCUGUGGGUAUAGAAAAAACAUUUUGACUGCAAACUUUCCAAACACUCCCCUAUUCCAUCACACAAUGUGGGGGAUACACCAAUCCGAGGCUUCUUGUUUGCCAUUCCAAUGCCUCUCAAUGACUUGUAAUUCCCUUUAUUGGGAAGGCAGGCAUAAAAGGAACUUUUUUAAUUUGGCUUUUAUUUUCCCAGCCAAAUCUAAAAUGGCAGCUUGCCCCUUUUAAACACUGUGUACAUUGGUGGGGUUAGGGAUGUGUCUAUCUCAAACGUGUUUACACUAUUGAAUGUCCGAUUUGUGUUCAUAGUAACCUUGAAUGGUGUUAAUUCACACUCCGUGAUCUGGUUUUCAGGUGGGCCCUGUGGUUCUUCAAAAAUGUCAAGAGCCAGCCGUGGCAAUGUAACCUGCGCCUUGUCACUACAUUCAGUACUGUAGAAGACUUCUGGGCGUAAGUAAAGUCUACAGAGCAUCCAGUCCCAGCAUACAUCUGAAAUAGCAUUAUUUAGAGUCUAAAUCUCCUUGUUCUUCUGUUCCAUUCUAAUGUUAGUGGGUUUUUUCUGUCAAUGUUGGUGUUUCUGGGUGUAUAACAGAGCGCCUCAAAUACAUAGUCUUUAAAUUACAAUAAAUGUGUUUAGAAAUCAGUCUGUCAAUAAGAUACAUUGUAGUUGCAUAAACUGUUAAUAGUAAGUCAACUAAAAAUUUCUCUCAGCACAGCCACACCACAACUUAGACAUCUAAAAUUAGUGUACUUUUUUGUCCAUUUGAAAUGUUGAAGAAUGUGAUCGGGUCGACACUUCUGUCCAAUUUAUGCCCCCCCCGGCAACUGCCCAUGUCAACACCAGAUAACAUGGGCCCCCUUAAGAUGCUGCUUGUACAUAUAUGGAUUAAUUAUUACAGAACCUGAUACACUGCCUUACCUGGUGGCUUUAAGGGUGCAAGCUACACACAUUUAGGGACACUCGGUUAGCGGGUACCUGCCUUUUUUUUAUUAUUUAUUUAUUUUUUUUUAUUUGAGAAUCCUGACAUCAUUCAUGUGCCUUUUCAGCAGACUCUUCCAUGGGGAGGGAACAAUGUGGCAAACUAAAGGCAUGGAAAAGGGCUAGUCAGUAUUGCGAUAUAAAUAUCUUGAUUAGUACACAGGCCCACUCUCCAACUAUUUGAUUCACAGAUCAAGUGAGGAAAAAUGAGCAGUCCAAUUUUAUUUUUUAAAUCCCGCUUUUGGUCAUUUGAUGUAUGCUGUCCCCUAGCAAUUUUCAGUUUUUCUUGCACAAAUGGGAAAAACUGCUUCUUCCAGUAGUGUAUUACUCUCAAAGUACAAUGCAGGCCACAUGACCAAACAUGCCUCUUAUAACUUUAUUGUAUUCCAUUCCAAAUGAAGAAUGUGACCAAGCUAAAUAUGUGUGAAAUUUAGCUCCUUCUUUAAAGGCUCACACCUGGCUCAGUUUAACUCCCACUGACACUUCUUUGUCUUGUAGUGUGCUUGUAGGUAUUGUCUGUCAUUUCUGAAAUUCUAGUGUUUGCUGCAGUGAGCUUUAGAGUUGAACUACAUGUGUGGUCCAGCACUGUUAUAUCUACAGUACGCUAUUGUAUACUAUCCCAUGCCAAUACUAAUCCAGAUUCUGUCCAUCAGACUAUAUACACAUAUCCAGCUUGCAAGUAACCUGUCCUCUGGCUGUGACUACUCUAUUUUUAAGGUGAGAUGUCUUUGAACUAUGGGGGGGGAAGGGGGCAAGAAAUGUUUUGCAGAUCAUACAAAGAUUACAAUGGGGAACCUUUAGCUGGGGGAAAAAUAAUCUGUUUGGCAAAUUUCAUUGAGUCAUAAUUCCCUUUAAUUUUUUGGUGCCUAUUGCAUUAGAAAUGAUGGAAAUGUCUCUUGGCAACCAUACAAAAGGAACAAAAUAUACUGAGACUGUAUCAAAUAUUCUAUGCAAUUGCUACUUUUCUAAAACAAAUCCCCAUACAAACAUGGUAACUUUUGCAGUUGACAAAAGAUCUUUCUGCUUGGCUUUGUAUCUGUACUUCUCAUGCAGAUUGCUGUAAGAGUUACUUUAGUCCCCAGCAGGAUUUAUUUGUUGCACUCUGAGACACUGACUUGUUGAGUGUGAGUGACCUCUUAAAGUAAUCUGUACUCCAAAAAAGUGCAGACCAGUCAGCUUCCCCACCGGACAUCUAGGGAAAGGUAAGUACAAGACAAAGUUAGAUAACCUUUAUGCGUCCGACUUUGUACUCUGGCUAAACCGCUCUUCUGUUUACAGGAUGGGAUUGAGCCCAUGUGGGAAGAUAGCCGGAACAAGCGAGGUGGCAGGUGGUUGAUUACUCUAUCUAAGCAACAGAGACACAGUGAUCUAGAUACACUCUGGCUUGAGACUGUAAGUGAACUGCUUUUGACUUCUAGAGGGGUUAGUGAACUUGUAUGUUAGUCCUCCUAACUCCCAUUAAUGUCUUGGCGUGAACCUUGUCCUCAUGCUGUUAGUAUAUACUACCACUCUGACUAGCACAAGAUACAUUGGUAAACAGAAUGGUUAGCCUCUUGUGUAUAUGUUGAUGCCAUACAUUUAGAUUGUGCAACUUCCCAUGAUUCUAGUUUUCAGGGUACCCAAACUGGUGCCAGAAAUUAGCAUGUCAGUGUAGUAAAAACCUAUACACUGUCUCUGGCACUGCAUUCCCUCAUGCCCCCUCCUACCCCUUUAAAUAAAAAGUUAAAAACCUAUUUACUUGCCUUAUCUCAGCGCUGGGUCGAAGCUCCGUCCCACGACUAGGGGGCUCUUAUGCACGGCAAAUUCUGUGCAUACAUUAGACCUCCCCAUAGGAAACAAAUACAAAGAAGUCUUGCAAUCACUCCUGGGCAGCAGCUUUGACCACCAUACACAUCAGCCCCAAUACAUACAGUUAAAACCAAAGAAAGUUACUUGCGCUCUCUCCUAAAUCCCUAUGUCUAAUUAAACAAAUUGUUUUUUUUUUUGUUUUGUUUUUUUUAAGAUCAUGUGACUGGGUAAGGAAACUGCAUAAAAAUCAUCCUAGAGUGUUUAGAGCAGGGAUGGUCAACCUGGUCCAUUCUGGGAUUGGGAUUUCAGGUGGCCGGUUCGGCAGAAAAUGCCCAAUGGGUAUUUGUAGCCGUGGACCAAGGCCAGCAGGGGAGAUCCUUUAAUCUACCCGGCUGGACCAUGCAAAGCGAGCCUUGCUGUAAGACCUCUCAAACUGGUGAGGAGAUCAAAGAUCUCCCCCACCAGCCUGCUAGCACUUGGUUCCAGCAGAGGGAGGGAAGGGCCUGAGAGGCUCUGUUCUUCCAGCGUGCAGGCUGAUCAGAGCAUUGCCAUGGCAAUGCUCCAAUACAGUGCUUUGCUUGCAGGAUGUCAGGAGUCAGCCUGUAAAGUGAACAUGCCAUCACUGGACCACCAGGGCUUGCAGCAUUUUGUCCACCCUCCCUGGUAAAAGGUAAGAAGGGAGGGGGAGACAGUAUACAUAGAUUUUCACAUCUCACCAACCUACACACAGCAUACUCUAUGCAGCAUUCACACUACACCCACACUGCCCCUUCUCACAUACAAAGAAGUAGAAUAGAAAAUAGAUAAAUGUAAGUACAUAUUUAAAAACAACAAAAAACUCCUUUUGAUAAAACUAUGAAUAUCGCACCUGCGCUAUAAAAUUAGUUACUGCAGCACUGGUGGGCGGUAUGGAAACUACCAUCAACCAGCAGGUAUUAAAAAGUUGACUAAACCUGGUUUAAAGCCAUAAUUAGCGGCCUUUGUAUAUCUGACCAUUUGAUGUCUGGACAUUUUAUUCAUUGCUGACACAAAGUUGCUUAGGAUUUAUGUCCUCCCUGCAGUUGCUGUGUCUAAUUGGAGAAGCAUUUGAUGAACAUAGUGAUGAAGUAUGUGGUGCAGUAAUUAACAUUCGGGCAAAAGGAGAUAAAAUUGCAGUCUGGACCAGAGAAACUGAGAACAGAGAAGCUGUCACACAUAUUGGGUAAAAACCUGUAAUGUGAAGUCGUCUUUAGGUGCAUUGAAUCAGUCUGAUAGAGCUACUAGAAUCACCCAGACCACUUUAUUUAAAUACAGUGUUUUGUUUUAACUGAUGUUUAUAUUGCAAGAUUAAAGGGAUACUAUAGUCACCAAAACUAUAGCUUAAUGAUGUACUUCUGGUGUAUAGAUCAUGCCCCCUGCAGUCUCACUACUCAAUUCGCUGCCAUUUAGGCGUAAAAUCACUUUGUUUACAGUGGGUUUAACAAAAGGGAACUGGUGUUCCUAAAAACUCUUCUCUGGACUAUAGGUUCCCUUUAAAUAAAUCCUCCAAUAGGAUUAUUCCCUUUUUUUAUUACUUAACAUGCAAAGGCUUUGACCAUAGUGAAAAUAUACUGAAAUAACAGAAUAAAGCAAUGCUUCACAGGUGACUAUUGAGGGAACUCCUAAAGGACACACCACAUAGGAUUUCUGAAUUGCUAGAAAUGACUAUUGUGAAACUCUCAUUCUCUGUAUUGCAGGAACUAUUGGAUACUAUUUAGAUUGGUCUUAGAAUGUGUGUACAAAUAGCGAAGUCCUGAAGCAACAGACCCACUUUCGUCAUGUAGACUGAAUGUAGUCAACUAGGCUAUAAUGGUUACAUAACUGCUUUGUAUAGAAAACCAUCUCUGUAUGGGCUGUUCUAGCAUGAUGUUUAACCCUUUGGCAUCGCAAGCAAUUUGUGGUGGUUUUUCUUUAUUCUGUUGUAUCUGGUGGAGCAUUUCUCAAUAUAAAUUAUGGGUUUACUAUUGACACUAACUUGUCACAUGGAUCCAUAUUUACCUCUGAUUACAUCUGCAGGACACAUUAUGCAGGUUUAUAAAUCAGAAUUCCAGUGUGAUUGUUCCUUCAAGGAACACCAUAGGGUCAGGAACACAAACCUCUAUUCCUGACCCCUAUAGUGUUAAAACCACUAACCCCCCUUGCAUCCUGAAAUAUUAAAGGGACACUAGUCACCAAAAUGUUAGUUUACUGAUAUAGUUUGUGUAUAGAUCAUGCCUUUCACUGCUCAAUUUUUUUUUUUUCUUUGUCAUUUAGGAUUUAAAUCACUUGUUUCUGUUUAUGCAGCCCUAGACACACCUCCCCUGGCUGUGACUGACACAGCCUGCAUGGGAAAAAAUGCUUUCGCUUUCAAUCAGAUGUAACUUAAUCUUGAGACUGUCAAGGAGGCAGAUCUGGGGCAGAGCCAUCACAAGCCAAACACAACCCUGGCCAAUCAGCAUUUCCUCAUGAAGAUGUAUAUCUAUGAGGAAAGUUCAGUGUCUGCAUGCAAGCAGGUGGAGACACUGAAUGGCAGUACUGCAGUGUACAGCAAUACCCCAGGAAGCACCUCUAGCAGCCAUCUCAGAAGUGGCCACAGGAGGAAUCCUUAGGCUGCAAUGUAAACACUAACAAAUAGAUGGGUACUAGCGCUUUAUGUAAACUAAAUGGAAUAUUGCCAGAAAAUAUAAAAUAGCUAAAUGUUACGGUACCUCCAGUAACGAAAUGUACAAACCGCCGUUUAGCGGGUAUUCCCCGUUCGCAAUAAUGUGGUCGGGUAGCGGGUAUAAUAAAACCAUGCGAACCGCCAGCCAGGGAACACUCCAAACUCCCGAACGGUACCUGUACGGCUAAUUCCCUUCACGAGCCGCAAAUCCACGAACGGCAAUUAGUAACCGAACGACAAUAUCUCCCAAGCGGCAAAUACUCCAAAUAAGCAGUCUCUCGCCGCUGGUAUCCAAAUCCCCCCCCAAUAACGAGACCAAGCUCCGCUUUGAGGGUAAAACACGAACUGGUUUACUGUGGGCUACCUGCCCGGUAUUUAUGCAGGUCUCCCACUUGGUGGACACUCCCCUAGGGGACCAAAUGGGAGACUGAAAUCACAGAGGGACAUGGGGACAUUCUGGACAUACAUCCCCAUAAUAUUCCCAGCAUGCAGUACAGUUCCCUCCCCUCUGCUCGGGGGAUAAUUGGGGAAGUAAUUCGAUUAUCUCCCUGAGCAGAGGCAAUCGCCAUUUUAGAUACAAGUUGCAAAACACACAAAAAUCCAUAACUUAAUAACUGUUGAACAUUUUACAUCAGUCUUGCAUAUCCCCAGAUAGCCUGGAUCUGAGGGCACAUUAUUGGAGAAUAGCGCUCAGAUCCCAUUCGCACAGUUCAAUCGCAGUGGAGUCAAAGUCUCUUUCAGUUCUUCGGUAUGCGAUUGACUCCAUGGGACGGCUAUCUGGGUUAAGUCCAUUCGUGUGGUUGAAUCUCCCGAACGGCUGUCAUUCGUAUGCUUUUGUCGAUUGAGAAGGGGAGGUCGACGGCUUCAGCGGUGUUCGGCUGAAAAAGUGUCCGUUUUCCGAUCCAUGAAAUAAUCGUCGAACACCGCUGGUCGUUCGCAUGGACAAAAUGGCCGCCGCCUCGUGGUCGACAUACGAACGACGACCACCCGGCAUUCGAUUUUAAUUGAGAAGUGUCUGUGGUUAACCGCAACGUUCUAAUUGGGAUCAAUAGGUUAACCAGCAGCACACUUCUCUUCUGGGUGGCCGUCCGUUCGGUAGUUCCGUUCGACAAAACCGCCCUUCCCUUAAACCAAGCAUACGAACGGGGAAAUUCAUGAAAACGGCAAAACAGACGAACCAAGCAGUUAUAAUCCAGACAGAUGGGUCUGUCACACUAAACAUUCAUAUGAAACUCUUCCAAAUACCACAACUGAUAAUACAAUAAACAAAAGAAUGUAGCGCUUAUCAAAAAAGGAGAUAUAAAGGUAAUAAUCACCUUUAAAGGACCACUCUAGGCACCCAGACCACUUCAGCUUAAGUCCUUCUAGGGUUAACCCAUUUUUUUUUUUUUUUUUUUAUAAACCUAGGAGUUUCAGAGAAACUGCUAUGUUUAUGAAUGGGUUAAGCCUUCCCCCAUUCCCUCUAGUGGCUCUCAUUGACAGCCACUAGAGGCGCUUGCGUGCUUCUCACUGUGAUUUUCAGUGAGAGCACGCAAGCGUCCAUAGGAAAGCAUUAUGAAUGCUUUCCUAUGUGACUGGCUGAAUGCGCGCAGCUCUUGCCGCGCGUGCGCAUUCAGCCCAGGAGGAGGAUCGGAGGAGAGCUCCCCGCCCAGCGCUGGAAAAAGGUAAGUUUUUACCCCUUUCCCCUUUCCAGAGCCGGGCGGGAGGGGGACCCUGAGGGUGGGGGCACCCUCAGGGCACUAUAGUGCCAGGAAAACUAGCUUUCCUGGCACUAUAGUGGUCCUUUAAGAAUAGUAUUCCAGAUAUUGUGGACAACACCUUGGAAACCCAUGAAUAUUAAUAGAACAUAGUGCAAAUGUGUAUAGAUGAAUAUAAUGCAUAAAAACAACUCACAAACCACUAUAAACCUAGCUCUGGUGUACAUAGUCUGGUUCUGUGCAGGUGACCCAUACCUAUAGGAAAUAUGUUCUGUCCUGGGGGGAAUAUGUAAGAUGAAAAGAGUAGCACAGUAUAUAUAUCGUAAUAAAUCCAGAUGCCAAGUGGGUACUUGCCUACAUGGAGCCCCUAUGGCUCAGUUGUGCAGUUAGGGCACUCCCUAGAUAAGUAGUAGUAAAAACUGGGAACCAGGAUAUAAAAUACUACAAUUUAUUAAAUCUCUAUAAAAACAAAGAUAGAUAUAUCUAUUUAUAUUAAAAAAAAUAUAUAUAUAUAAUUUUUUUUUUUUUUUUUUUUAACCAGAACACGUUUCACUAUAGUGUAGCUUUCUCAGCUGAAUAUAUUGUCUGACAAUCCUUGGUUCACUGACUGUUUAUAUACACCCUUAAUAGGGUGAUGAAUUUCUGGUGUUUCUUCUCCGCAGCGUAAUUACCACUCUCGGGUAAUACGUUUACGGUUCAAGCCUCCAUAUGAUGCCUCAUUGAUGCAACUGACGGGCACUCUCACCUGGAGCUCCAUCUAAAUUCAAUUUGUAUAUUCCAAUGUCUUUAGUUUAGUUUAAUUCCAUGUCUCCUUCUGGGGUAAUGCCAAGCCUUCUCUGAAAAUACCAUGUUUACUGCAAAAAGCCUGAAGGGAAUGAUUCUACUCACGGGAACAAAUAAAAUAAGCUGUGGUUCUGGUGACUAUACUGUCCCUUUCAGGUAUGACUACUAAAGAUUACAACCUGGCUUUUCCCUCAUCUUGUAUGUUAAACAAAUUGAUUCCCCUAUGAAGUAUAGAAUUAAAUAUGGUUAUACUGUAGUAACUUCUACACCCCUUACAGGCUUGUUAUAUUAUGGGAUUGGCAUUUUUUUUACAUUUAUCUCUUGGAAUGUUUCUGCUAACUAUGCUUAUUUUCCCUCUUACAGUAGAGUAUAUAAGGAGAGAUUGGGUUUAUCUUCAAAGGUGGUCAUUGGUUAUCAAGCUCAUGCAGACACUGCUACAAAAAGCAACUCCCUUGCCAAGAACAAACUAGUGGUGUGAAAUCAGAGUAACUCUCUCAAAUUUGGCCAUGCUUAUAAGUGUGUUUUUUGUUUUUUUUGGAAUAAAUAUACUCCAUUAAUGACAUGCACU